GUGCUGUUUGUUUGUUUGGUAACCUCAUUCACAGACAUUCAAAAAAGCUGUCAAAAUCUUGUCAAAAUCCUUGUCAACAAUGCUGAGGCUGCCUGGGUUGACGUUCGCCCGCGUUCAAGCUCGGACUCUGUCAUCAUCAUCAUCAUCAUCAUCAUCAUCAUCAUCAUCAUCGUCAUGGUCGUCGUGGUCGAGCCAGGGCACAGACAGGCCGUCCGUCGCUGCUGCUGCGUUGAGCCCAGCACAGCAGCACGUCGAGCUCAGCCGCCAAGACGACCGGCGCGAACAUCAAGCACCGUCCGCUUCCAACCCCGAGAAGCUGCAGACAAGCAACGACAACAUCAUCAGCAGUAGUCGUAGUACUAGUACCAGUCGUAACAAGGGCUAUGUUGAGCAAGGGUCCAAGUUUGAGCAGUCUACACGCAGCCUGCUUGAGAGGCUCAAGUUCAGCCUUGCUCCAGCGGGAGGCAAGAACGACCGUGGAGUCGAUCUCUACGGCGUAUGGGAGCUCUCGGAAGCAUGUCGCAUAUUCGCAGUUGUUCAGUGCAAGAGCGGCAAGACUCGAGUCGGGCCUGCCGUUGUUCGCGAAUUUCAGAGUGUUGUGGCGAACGCAGCCAAGAAUCACAAUGGUGCGGUCGGUGUUUUGUGCGCUGAAGCCGGAUUUUCUCAAGAAGCCCAAGCCCUUGCUCAUCGGAUAGCUGAGUCUGUCAUUUUAAUGGAACUGAGCCAGGCCGAGCUGAAUGCAGGCCAUCCAAUCCUGCAGUUUCGCAUCAACAAGGCUCUCCGCACGCUCGUUCCGGAUCUCGUUGUGACAGCCAAUCCCCGCGUGCCAACUACGCAGCAAGACUAUCUAAAUCAAUCGCGAGCACGUAGUAGCAAGGUGUCGAUUCAUCACAUGCAGACCCAGUUGUAUUAAUAUGAGAGUUAAGAGCUACGAAA